AUGAAUCACAUCAGUGUAUCGCAGGAGCCGACAGGCGUCUACUUUGCUGCUCUCUACGCUGAAACUCUGACAUACGGGAUAUACUGCCCAUUAUUCGCGUUAUGCAUGCUCAAGCUCGGUCGUGACAUUAAUGCCAAAGAUUCGAACCUGCGCCGUGCCAAACGCCCUAAAGUGCUGCUCAUCUGCCUUACAAUCAUGAUGUUCUGUGUUGGUACAACACACUCUGCAAUCUUCCUCCGACAAGCGUCAACAUCGACUGACGUGGAGAUGGUCUCCAAACAUCGAAGCCGCGAGCGAUACGAAUACAGCAAACUACUACUAGGGGUCGUCAACUGCCUCCUGGGGGAUCUUAUAAUACUGUACACCGCAUUCAGGAUGGAAACCAUCAUAGGACGUACGCGCCCUUCGUCUUGCUCGACACCCGGUUGCACGAGAAUCAUUCUCUACAUAUUUCCCAGUCUCUUUCUCUUAGCUUCCCUCGUUACAGGAAUAGGGAUGCUCUCGACCUGUGAUGGUGUAGAUGUUAUCGCCGGUCAAGUUCAGAGCCCCAGUCUGCGUAGUUGGCCUGGUGCUUGGCUGUCAUUGGUCCUCGCUACUAAUGUCAUCUCUACGCUCGUCUUUGCGUACGAAUACACCACGCGAGGGAUGCAACACAAGGCCGAACGUGUACUCUACUGCUGUAUGAUUGCCAUUCUACUAGUCCUUUUCAUCGUGAACGUGAAUGUACGAUAUGUAUUCAGCCAUAUCCUUCCUCAGCUUGCGGGUAUAUACCCUACAGGAGUUGUCGUCGUCGUCGCUAUUAGCACGAAUGACCCUGCUAUAAACCUCUUACCUCUUCGUACACGGGCUUGA